GGGAAAUCCUGUUAAUAAAUUUCAAUUUGAAAGUAUCCCCCUUUAUUUUUUACACAUCAUAAUAUCUUCAACUUGUACCAAUCAUUUCAUUUUGCUCUUGGGCCUGAAAGGUUUUCUUUUCAUCGUAUAAAGAAUUCAGUUAUUAUCAUUUGGUAUCCCGCUUUGAACAAUAAUGUUUUCGCAUUGUACAAUUCUGUGGACAUUAUUUGCCGUGGUAGAUUCCCAUUCGCCACUGACAGAAAAGAAGGCAGAAGAUGGCAUUAGUGUUAAAUCAUCGUGCCAACCAAAUGAUAUAGUCAUCAACAAUCUGCAGAACCAGAUAAACCAAGAAACAUUAAUAAGGAUAUCAUUACUGAAACAAGUGUAUUCACUGGUUAACGACAUGAUAAAGGUGAAAAAUGAAAUGGCAGCCAUGAAAACCAACGAAGAAGAAAUAAGAAAAAGUACCGAUGAUCUUCGGCAUGAGGAUAAUAAGAUGUUGAAUGAAAUGGCACAGAUGAAACAGAACCUCAGCGACACAUCUGAAAUGAUAAUAAAUGAGCAGCAUGAGCAUGAAAAAAAUUUGAGUGAAAUAAAACAGAAGAUAAAAAUUAACCAUAACGACACCUCGGAAAGGAUAAUGAUCUACCAGCGUGAAUAUGAGAAGAUUUUUAGCGAAAUAGAACAGAAGAUGAAAUUUAACCAUAAUGACAUAUCUGAAAGGAUAGCGAAGGCGCAGCUUGAAUAUAAAAAGAUGUUAAGUGAAAUAGAACAGAAGAUGAAAUUUGACCAUAAUGAAACAUCGGAAAGAAUAGUAAACGUACAGAAUGACUUACUUAACGUUCAUUAUUCUGUAGGACUUCUCCGUAAUUAUACCGAGGAAAUCAAUGCUAAGCACGAUAUCCAAGAAAACAAAAUGAAAGAUCUAUCCAUCGAACAAGAAAAAGUUCAGGCUAGACUUGGUGACCUGCAAAAUGAAGACAAAAGAAUACUUAAUGAAACACAGCGUAAGAUAGCAAAUCAUAGUGAAUAUACACUUGAAAAAAUCUGGAGGAUGAGGGAAGAUUUUGAACAAAACAUAACUUCCUCGAUCACGAACCUGAUUGGCCCUUCAAUAAAGCAAGAUUGCUUAGAAUCAAGCCACUGUUGGUUGCAGUAUAGUUUUUACUAUGACAAUAGCUGGAUUGGAUGUGAAGGUGGCCGCCAGUACGUAAAGAAGACAAACUACUCCUCUGCUCCUUAUCUCGGUGUGAUGACAUGCAGAUCUACAAGGUACAAGCUGUUUCUGAGCAAAACAUUAACCGGCAAAUACUAUAACAUUGCUGAUGGGGAGGGUUCUGGUGAGGAUCACUGUGAGCUUUUGGGGACAACCCAGAAAGGUGUGUUGCCUAAAGACUAUGUAAAAUCACCAAACACACAAGGUUUCUAUCGAAGAAAUAGAGGAGAUACUUUUUCUUUCGUAACAAUAGGAUUUAGACCACAUCAGACCGGUAAGUGGUAUGAAAAGUGGAUCGAGUGUGGUGUUACCAUACCGGGGGACGCCAGGGUCAUACCAAUGUUAACCUGACUAGAAUCUUGUCAAUGUUUCAGUGUGGUUUUAUGAAAGACUUAAUUGUGAUUUUAUUUAUUUUCACGUCUGUUUUGAAAAUAAUCCUUGUAAGACUGUCUGAUGUCUUCGGGAUUUUUUAACAUAUUAGAUAGUUAGAAAUUGUUUCUAUUUUUAUUUUAAUUUUCUUCGCUAAAUAUACAUCAAUUCCAUAACACAUUUAAAAAACAUUAAUUUUUACACUCUUUUUUGAAUAUCAUAUCAUAUUAUAAGGAAAUACGCCUGUCAAGGAAUUUGUGUAUCGUAGAACGAAGCAUUUUUUCCCAAAUUUUUGUAAAUGUUACAUGUAACCUAUGAAUCAGAUAGACAGAAAGUAAGAAAUAAAUAAAUGUGCUAUAGAUUUUGAUGCCAAGAAUAAUCCUUCAAUUAAUCAUGUUAUCUAGAACUGAAUCAAAUAUAUAUAAUCAAAAUUUACAGAUAUGUGUUGUUAAUUAUUUACAUUUAUUACAUUUUUACCAGUGAAAUACUGUACUUUAUUCAUUGAAUAAAAAUGAUAUCCUGUCACAGUGUGAAAGGAUAUCAAAAUGAUAUCCCGGCACAGUGUGACAAAUAUCAAAAGUGCGAUAAAAGAGAGUGUUGUAAAACAAAUCUUCUUUGACCUGAUAUAAGAUAGAAAUACAUAAUUAAACCAUUCUGACAGAGAAUAAAACUGUUAAAAAACCAAAAUAUGUUGAUAAAUCCAUGUCUACAAUGUUUUCAUCUCACUUAGCUAUGACGUCUCAACC